UUAAAAUAGGAAGUACAACAAAUACUACAUUGAUUUCCAUUAUUAUUAUUACAAUAAGAAUUUGGGUGACAAUUGGCCUAAAAUUAAUGGCACAACACAAACAAUCUUAAUAGGCUUUAUUUUCUUCUAGUUUUAGUUUUUUUGGUUAAUAUGGCCUGGACAUGUCCAUGAUAGGUUUUCGUGAGAUUCCCCCGUUGUGUUUUGUAAAGUGAGUGUUGCUGAUGUUUUGGCUCAUUUUUGUUAUGAUGUAUGUUGCCUUUAGAUGCCUCUAAAGGACAGAGGUUCAGCCUGCUGUUUUCAUAGAGAUGUAAAUAUUAGAUAUUAUAUUUUUUCCUGAAAAAGUUAGGUCAUUAUUUCCAUGUUUGUAUCUUUCAGUUCAACUCAUUUCUGUUGUAACGUUGCUGUUGUUUUGAUGGCAUAUGUUUAUAAAGGUAAUUCUGAAAGUACAUCCAACACUUCUCCUGGACAUUCACCAGGAAGCCAGAUAAACUGGAUACAUCCUACUUUGGAUGGGAAAUCCGUCCUGAUGAAGCAGCAUCAAUACCUUCAUCCUAGUUUUUAUUCCCACAGUCACUAGGGAUUGAGUUUAGUUUUACUACAACAAAAAACUUCCCCAGGAAAGCUCAAGAAAAAACAAAUGAUUAAUUUAGAUGCCACAGUUUGUCUUUUGUAGCCCGUUGAACAGCUUAACUUAUGGGUGGACUGAAUGAUGUGUUUCCUUGAAUCUGAUUUGACAACCCUGCACUUAGUUUUGUACAAAGCAAGUUAAGUUUCUCUGUUUGAAAUGUUCUUUUGUGUCCCUGGUGGUCAACAACACAAUCAUGGGAUGUUUGUCUUUAACCGUGAAGAAAAAAACAUUACUUUUGUAUUGUUUGCUUCCUUAAAAUUUUUUUUUGCGUCAUUCUGAUACUUGUAAAUAUAUUUUUGUAACAUUUGAUGGCUGCCUGGAUCUCAUUUCUGAUGUUACCAUAGUAAAGUUCUCAAGCAGGAUCCGAUCAACUUCCUCACACACAGGCGUGCCUGCUUUCACCCAAACCAGUUCUGCUCUUGAUGGGCGUGACGCCAACCUGACGAGCCUGUCCACCGGCCAGAGUGGCUGAAUUUAUCUCAUGCACACUCAAACACAAGCUUACUGCUCCAGACGAGUGUCACGAGUGUCCUGUCUGUGGUUUUGGAGCUUGGCUUGCAGCCGGUUUGAAGAUGCCCUACAGUGUGACUCUGCCGAGUGGCUCUAAGCAGGCGGCCCUAGUGGAGAGCACACAAGCGGACGGAAAGACGUUUGAACAUCUCCGCCAGGAGUGUUUGCAAAGGGGGAAGCUGUUUGAGGAUCCAGAUUUCCCAGCUGUGGACGACUCGCUCUUUUACAGCCAGAGGGUCCCGGUUAACUUUGAAUGGAAGAGGCCCGGGGAAAUCUGCAAAGACCCAAAAUUCAUCACAGGAGGAGCCACCAGGACAGACAUCUGUCAGGGGCAACUGGGAGACUGCUGGUUGUUGGCAGCGAUUGCCUCCCUGACCCUCCAUGAGGACACGCUGAGGAGGGUCGUACCACAUGAUCAGGGCUUCGAUCGCGGCUACGCUGGAAUCUUCCAUUUCCAGUUCUGGCAGCAUAAUAAAUGGCUGGAUGUGGUGGUGGACGACCGACUCCCGUGUGUGAGGAGCAACCUGGUGUUUGUCCACUCCGCUGACCAAACUGAGUUCUGGAGUGCACUUCUGGAGAAGGCCUACGCCAAGCUGAACGGCAGCUAUGAAUCCCUGAAAGGAGGAAGCACCAUGGAGGCGAUGGAGGACUUCACGGGCGGCGUGGGCGAGAUGUACGAGACGAAGAACCCCCCCAGCAACCUCUUCCUCAUCCUCAAGAAAGCCAUGGAGAGAGGAUCAAUGCCUGGCUGCUCCAUUGAUAUCACAAAUUCUGCUGAAUCUGAAGCCCAAACCACAACUGGUCUGGUUAAAGGCCACGCUUAUUCCAUCACUGGAGUACAGGAGGUCAACUACAGAGGAGCAAAGGUCCAGCUGAUUCGUGUUCGUAACCCCUGGGGUCAGGUUGAGUGGAACGGACCCUGGAGCGACAACUCCAGGGAAUGGAAUGCCAUUGACAGUUCAGAGAAGACACGACUCCUGCACAAUUCCCUGGAUGAUGGCGAGUUCUGGAUGGAGUUUGGGGACUUCAAAGCCAACUACGAUAAAAUCGAGAUCUGUAACCUGACCGCAGAUUCUCUGUCGGACAAUGUUAGGAAGAAGUGGGAAGUGAAUUUGUUUGAGGGCAACUGGAUCAGAGGCUCUACUGCUGGCGGCUGCAGGAACUACAUCGACACAUUCUGGACAAACCCCCAGUUUAAGCUUCGUCUGGACCAUCCAGAUGAUGGUGACAAGCUGUGCAGCGUCAUUGUGGCCCUGAUGCAGAAGAACCGCCGUCGGCUCAGGAAAGAGGGGCUUGACCUGGAGACCAUUGGCUUUGCCAUUUACGAUGCUCCUGAUGAUCAAGACCACCAGGGGAAGGACUUUUUCCGCUACAAUGGCUCCAAAGCACGGAGCCGUUCUUACGUCAACAUGAGGGAGGUGUCCGAACGCUUCAGAAUGCCACCAGGAAACUACCUGCUGGUGCCCACCACCUUCCAGCCGCACAAUGAGGCUGAUUUCCUAAUCCGGAUCUUCUCAGAGAACAAAGCUGGAGCCAUGUAUGUCCAUGCAAAUACUCUCCAGUGUUAUCAGCCACACUAUCUACAGUAA